AUGGCCCAACUCGACGUGCACAUGUCGUCCACCACACAGACCCAGACCGUGCUGCCCAAUGCACCGGCUCUGCCUCCCCGAAGCGCCCUGAGGGCCUCACGUCUGCUGGCCACGAUGCCCCAGAAGCUCUCAGAGCACCGACCCGUCCUCACUUCCGCCGCCCCGCACCUCCUCUACCUGUCGUCCGAAGAGGACGUCUCUUCUUCAGCCGACGACUUUUCCGACUGCGACUACAGCUCCGAUAGCGAGCACGCGCAAGAGACGCCCGAGCAGACGUCAAAAUGCCACGACACCGCCCGCAUCGUCUCCGUCGUCUUCUCCGGCAAGCCUUGCAUCGUCCAGCUCUCCCGACGAUCAAUAUCGCCCAGCUCAUCGGCCGACUGCCCCGUGAGCAAGCUUACCAGGACAGCAACCGAGCCCAUCAUCAUGAGUCGCAAGGGGUCCACCAGCUCCACGUCGUCGGCCAAGAUGGUUUCGCAGCACCCUCCGCGAUCGAGCAGCAUCAUGUCCCCCGUCGCGUCGCCCUCGUUCCUCAACAUGGAUCCCUUUGCGGCAAAGGCGGAGCCCGAAGAGCCGGAACCUCAGCUUCGCAAGACGGCGCAAAUGUUCAAGCGGACGCUCAGCCUGGUCAGGAAGCGUAGCAGGCCGAACCUGAACGCGGCGGCGUCUCGAUCCCGAGAGGGUCGGAGAGGACAAGGAGGAGAACCACACCAGCACGCCCCGGAGCGCGACGUCACUACCGCCGCCCAUGUACCACGAGACGAUGGCGGCGAGGAGAGCCAGCAGCUACUCGGGCACGACGACGCUAUCGCCGGUCAGCGAUGCAUCGUCCCCCCUGUCACCGACUAA